AUGAAGGACGCACUGCUCGUCAAUGAUGAGGAUCGUGCUAUAUUACGAACAAAUAAAAGAGUUAGAAACCUGCUUUGCUUCGUCUCAAUUGGCUUACUGUUUUCACUUGUGAAUAUCGCUCUUGUAUCAGUAACAUUUGCUGUCGUCAAUAAUCGACUUAAGCCCUCGAGUAAUGAUAACAAACUAUCUCUCGAUUCUACAUAUGCAGAAUCGAUACGUAUCGAUGAAGUUAUGGUGCAUCUUCGUGAAUUGCAGCGCCUUGCUACCGCUAACAAUAGAACUCGAGCCGUUAACACAUAUGGCUUUAAUCAAACACUCGACUACAUCACAGACUACCUGUCAACUAAUACAAAUUAUAGAGUUAAAAAGACUUUUUUCCCAGUCAAAAAUUUUGCACUUGUUCGAAAUCCAAUUUUACUUUCGUCGGUUGAUGGCAUCAUCAAAAAUCAUACUUAUUCAACCAAUCUAUCCGUUGCUGAAUUCGUUCAUGUUCCAUAUUCAACAUCGUUAGCUUUUUCUGACUUUGUGCCGCUCACUGCGAUUCCCAAUUAUGGUUGUUCAGAUGCUGAUUGGCUGGCAGCAAGUCCAACACCGACUGGCCAUGUGGCACUCGUUCAAGGAGGUGAUUGUAAUUUUGCUGAAAAAAGCACCAUUGCUGCAAAAUACCACCCAAUUGCACUUCUAUUUUACAAUGAUGCCACAUUUCCACAACCAAUGAUCUUUAGUCUUUUUCAGACAAAUGAAUUACCAGCACUGUUUCUCUCGUAUUAUCUGGGUCAAGCUCUUGCUGAUGCAGCUCGAAAUCCAUCAUGGAAUGCCAGCGUUCAUAUAAAUAUCGACGUUAUGAACAAAGGUACGUUUCCGGUGGGUAAUAUUUGUGCUGAUACACCAACUGGAGAUGUGACUCGGACGAUUGUGAUUGGAAGUCAUAGUGAUAGUGUGACAGCUGGACCAGGAAUUAAUGAUAAUGGUAGCGGUAGUGCAGCUAGUCUUGCCUUAGCGGUUACACUAGCACGUCUCUUUCAAACGACAAAUUAUGCUAAAUACAAUUACCGUAUCCGGUUCUGUUGGUGGGGAGCUGAAGAACUCGGUCUUCUUGGCUCGGUUUAUCAUGUAGCACAGGCGCAAAAUUCGACUAUUGUUGGUGAACGUAUCAUUGACUAUUUGAUCAAUCUCAAUUUUGACAUGCUCGGAUCGCCUAAUUACAUGUUUGGUAUUUAUGAUGGAAGUACAGUUGAUAAUGCUACAACUUCACGGCCAGCCAUUCCGGGCAGCAAUAGAGUCUCCGCAUUGUUUCGUGAUUGGUUCAUUCGACAAAAGCUGCCCUGGGAUUACACAGCGUUCAAUGGUCUAAGUGACUAUGCACCAUUUUUGCAAGCAGGUAUAGCGGCAGGUGGCCUCUUUUCGGGCGCAGACGAUUUCAAAACACAAGAACAACGUGAUCGCUAUGAUGCACUUCUUGGACAAGGUCAAGGUGGUACUGCAGAUGCCAGUCAAGAUCCUUGUUAUCAUAAGGCAUGCGAUUCUAUUCAGAAUAUCAAUGUUGCUGGCUACGAAAGGAUGGUGCAAGCAGCUGCGUAUGUCAUCGAAUUCUUGGCUCGACAAACUGAUUUGAAAGCAUGGCUCUACCCAUCGACUGCAAUUUCAACACGGAAACCAUGA